AUGGACAGAUACCAGGUCAGACUACACAAUACACAACAUAACAUUGCCAGUGUGGUCUUCAUUCUUCAUGUGAAGAUCACACUGUACAGAUGUUAGACUUCCUCAUUACACGUUUCUUUCUAUGUUUCUUUCAGGAUUUCUUCCCCUGCCUCUCUUCCCUCCCUUCCUUCGUUCCUUCUGUUUUAAUACCUGUGUGUGUGUGUGUGUGUGUGUGUGUGUGUGUGUGUGUGUGUGUGUGUGUGUGUGUGUGUGUGUGUCCUUGGUCUCCAGCUGGACCUGAAGGACGGGGAACGGAAGAUAGCCCAGCAGGCUGCCAAGCUACAUGGAGUGGACCUGAGCCACACCAUCCAGCAGGUCAACCAGGAGAAACAGGAAACCCAACAUUGCCUGGACACCAGUACUACCUGCCUGAGGCUAAUGUUACACUGAUGUUACACUGGGGCUUCCUCAGCAAGACCUGUUUACCAACUGUAAAAUUCCCGACUGGAAGUUGGAGUCCCUUAUAGGAAAUCUUCAUUAGCUGUUAGUGAAGGGAAUUGCUGGUCCUUCAUGUACAUAUUACAUCUAUGAUGACAUACAGUAGCCUACAGAGCAAUUCAGAGUAGGUAUAUGACAAUAUCUAUUCGACAGCACUUAUGCUGUGUUACUAUGAAUUCCAAUGCUAUUUGAUUCCUUGCAGCGUCCAGCAAGAUGGAGCUGAAGCGUAAGCUGAUCCAGGACCAGCAGAACCAGAUCCAGAGCCUGAAGAGCAGCGUUAACGAGACCCGGGUGGAGAAGCUGCAGAUCUCCUGCGACAUGCAGAAGCAGCAGCAGCUGGAGGAGCAGCGUGAGGAGUUCACCGCUGAGAUCCAGGCUCUGCACAGAGAGAUCAGGCUAAAACUCCACUCAGCUCAGAGAACCUGGCUGAGGAAACUGGCUGGAAUCUUACUAAAAUCUCAGUGGUAGAACUGUCUAACAGCAGGUGGUCCUUUUAUGGUUAUAACAGGUUUUAUUCUUCUGUAUUCUUCCUGUAUUGAUUCUGGAGUUUUGUAGUUGAAGUAAUAACAGAUGGUCGGUGUACAGCUUUAUCGUUGUAUCAGUGUCCCCUGUGUUGUGGUCCUCUGUAGCUCAGCUGGUAGAGCACGGCGCUUGUAACGCCAAGGUAGUGGGUUUGAUCCCCGGGACCACCCAUACACAAAAAUGUAUGCACGCACGACUGUAAGUCGCUUUGGAUAAAAGCGUCUGCUAAAUCGCAUAUUAUUAUUAUUAUUGUUGUGUUCAUGAAGCUAAGGAGCAGGUGUCCCCUCUGGCCGCCACCCUGGAGAAGCUGCAGCAGGAGAGGCUGGAUCUGAUGGAGUGCAGGAAGCAGAGGCAGGAGGAGGGACAAGAGAAGGUACCACCAUUACCGCUCCCUUCUCUCUCUUUCUCUUUUUAAUAUUUAACGGUCCAGCCUUGCCUGCUAAUUCUGCCAAAGUGCUAAUGGAGGACUACAUAUUCAGUCUGAAAACAGUGUUCUUCCAGUCACUGGAGGACUUAAUUUCCAUCGCCGACCUACCAUGUCUCAAUCAUGUCAAUGUUAUUAUUCUUUAUCUUUUAAUGCAUCGCUUCUAACAACCUUUUCAUUCCCUCCAUUCCAGAUAAAUAGCAUCAAAGACCGAGUGAAAAGCAUGGCCGCCUUUGAAAGGGAGAUUAUCAGACCCACAGAAGAGGGCAAGGAUGACUACAGAGGUAAACAUAGGUUCUGUUUGUUUCUCAUCCUCAUAAGCAUUAUCUUAAUGUCUUUUGACACACAUUUUUCAUGUGCUGUUUCUAUUGAAGCAAAAAGAGACCAGUACUCAGCUCCACGAGGCAGAGAAGCAACAGGAGAUGAUCAAAGACAGUGGAAACAUCAGACAGGACAUAGACACGCAGAAG